GCUGUUUACCACACAGUAAACAACCAAAAUGAAGCCAGUAUGCUUUUAUCUUACCGUUGUGCUCGAACUUGGCUUUCUAGCCAUUUCUUCAUCUGCACUUCCAUUGUUCUUAGUGGAGGGAGAUACAAGAGAUCCUCAGAGAAUGCAGAAAUCUUUUCACCUUAAAAUAACUGGAAACCUGAUCAAUGGAACAAUAGAUCCACAUGACGCUCCUCGAUGUGGAGUGACUGAUCUCCAAAAGUUUGAAAUUCUCCCUGGUUCUGUUAAAUUUGAGAAGACGUCCCUCACUUACAGAGUACAGCAAUAUACAUCUGACUUAACACAGGAUGUUGUGGAUGAUAUUUUGAAAAACGCUUUUCAAUUUUGGGCUGAUGUUACUCCAUUGACAUUUACACAGACAACAUCCUCUGCAGACAUUGAAAUUAUCUUCACCACUGGAGAUCAUGGCGAUAACAAUGACUUUGAUGGACCUGGUCAGAUUCUGGCCCAUGCAUUUGGUCCUGGCCCAGCUAUUGGAGGUGAUGCUCAUUUUGAUGAGGAUGAAAGCUGGGUAACUGGAAGUAAUGGAAUCAACUUGUUAAUUGUUGCCACCCAUGAAUUUGGACACUCUCUGGGACUCUCACAUUCUUCUGUUGCUGGCUCUGUCAUGCUUCCCUUCUAUACGUUUGUGCCAAGAGAGAGCUUUAAACUUUCAAGUGAUGACAUUGAAGGAAUCCAGAGUUUAUACGGAUCUUCAGCUGUGACAACACAAGCACCGGGUCCGGCUCCAACACAAGCACCGGGCCCGACUUCAACUAAGGAACCAUCGACGUGUGACCCAAAUUUGUUUGCAGAUGCUGCUCUUAAAAUAGGAAGCUAUAUUUUUUUCAAGAACGGGUUCUAUAAAUUGGCAAGAUCCUCACGGGUAAUCCCAGUUAACAGCACCUGGCCAAGUAUGGUGUCAAACAUUGAUGCUGCUAUCAGAAACCGACGGAGAAACAAUAUCGUUUUUUUCUCAGGAUCUCAGUACUGGCUUUUCACUGGGACUGUUCUCAACUCAGGGUUCCCAAAGCCGAUCUCUGAUUUUGGAUUUUCAAGCAGUGUUACUAAAAUAGAUGCUGCAAUACAUGUUCGACGUGACAUGAUGCUAUUCUUUGUGGGUGAACAAUUCUGGAUCUAUUCUACACGUAGAAAUCGAAUGAGCCGUAGAAGCCCACAUUUAAUAAGAGACAACUUUACUGAAAUUUCCCAAGUGGAUGCAGCUUUUAGAAGUCGUGGGUAUUUCUACCUCACAAGUGGACCUUUUGUGUACAAAUACAGGGGUACCAGAUUAAUAGCACGUCUCAAACCAACAGGGUGGAUGAAUUGUCCCUAAAUAAAUGUGCUUUGCUACCACACCACUGUGUACUCCAACCCAUGGAGAAUAUUGCUCACAGAGGAUGGACAGGUUAUCUUAAAUGUAAGACAAAAUUAGCUAUUCGAUGAAGUUUAAUCAUUAACUCUUUCACAAUUGAUUUAUUUGCUCAAUCUAUUGCAUAAAUUGUAACAAGACAAUAUCAUUUUAGCAUCUAAAGUACCUCUCAGCAUACAUUGAACUAUGAAUAUAUGCUGUUGUGCAAUAAAUGUUUAUGUGAAAUUUC